AUGUCGCCCAGUGCGCUCCCCGCCCAAAAGUCUUACAGCAUCGCCUCCAUGGGGGCUGAUGGCAUCGGCCCGGAGGUCAUCGAGGCCGGUGUGGAAGUUCUCAAGGCUCUUUCCGAGACUCUUGGCACAUUCGACCUUAACUUCACCGACUACGACUGGAGCUCCGAGACUUACAAGAAGACCGGAAAGUAUAUCCCGGACGGCGGCCUUGAGCAGCUCAAGAAGCACGACGCCAUCCUCUUCGGCGCCGUCGGUGCCCCCGAUGUCCCCGACCAUAUCUCCCUCUGGGGUCUCCGUUUGGCAAUCUGCCAGCCCUUCCAGCAGUACGCCAACGUUCGCCCCACCCGUGUCCUCCGCGGUACCCAGUCUCCCCUCCGCAACUGCGCCGAGGGCGAUCUGGACUGGGUCAUCAUCCGUGAGAACAGCGAGGGCGAGUACGCCGGCCAGGGUGGUCGCUCGCACCGCGGCUUCCCCUGGGAGACUGCCACCGAGGUCUCAAUCUUCACCCGCCACGGUGUUGAACGUCUGAUCCGCUUUGCUUUCGAGACGGCCCGUAGCCGUCCCCGCAAGCUUCUCACUUUUGUCACUAAGAGUAAUGCCCAGCGUAACGGCAUGGUUCUCUGGGAUGAGGUUGUCUAUGAGGUUGCCAAGGACUUCCCCGAUGUCUCUCUUGACAAAAUGCUCGUUGACGCCAUGACGACAAGAAUGGUCCUUAACCCUAAGAGCUUGGACACCAUUGUGGCCACCAACCUGCACGCCGAUAUUCUCUCCGACCUCGCUGCUGCCCUCGCUGGCUCCAUCGGUAUCGCUCCUACCAGCAACCUGGACCCCAGCCGCAAGAACCCCUCCAUGUUCGAGCCCAUCCACGGCUCCGCCUUUGACAUUACCGGCAAGGGUGUCGCCAACCCCGUUGCGACCUUCUGGACCGCUGCCGAGAUGCUGGAGUGGCUCGGUGAGAAGGAGGCCGCGACGCAACUCAUGGAAUGCGUCGAGAACGUCACCGGCAACGGUAUUGUCACUGCCGAUCUCGGUGGCAAGGCGACGACGAAAGAGGUCACCGCUGCCGUUGUGGCUGAGAUCAAGGCCAAGCUUGGCAAGAGCAAGCAAUAG